UUUUAUUUUUUUAAGUAUAAAGUAUUAUACAAUAUAUUUUUUUUUUAUAAAUAUUUAAUUAUCUUUACCUUUUUGGAAGUCCACGUUUUAAACGCAAUCAGACGAAUUUAAAUUUGAAGAGAUAUGGGUAUUCAAGGGCUGAUACCACUUUUAGAAAAAUCAUGGAGGACCGUUAAUGUGUCGGAGUUUUCCGGAUGUACUGUGGCCAUCGAUGCGUAUUGCUGGUUACACAAAGGUGUAUACACUUGUGCUGAGAAAUUGGCAAGAGGAGAAGAUUGUCAAGCGUAUGUAUACUAUUGUAUGCGAUUUGUGUCUAUGUUGUUGGAUCAAAAUAUUAAACCAAUUUUAGUUUUUGAUGGACAACAUUUACCUGCUAAAGCUGAUACUGAAGCAAAACGGCGAAAAUUAAGAGAACAAAAUCGAAAGAAAGCAGCCGAAUUAAUGCGUUUGGAUAAAGGAAAAGAAGCUUCAUCACUUUUAAGGCGCAGUAUCGAUGUUACCCAUAAAAUGGCACUGAAUCUAAUUAAGCGAUGUAGGGAGAUUAAUGUUGAUUGUAUUGUAGCACCAUAUGAAGCAGAUUCUCAAUUAGCAUAUUUAAAUUUAAGCGGAAUUGCUCAUAUAGUUAUUACAGAAGACUCAGAUUUGUUGCUGUUUGGUUGCAAACGAGUGUUAUUUAAAAUGGACCUAAAUGGUGCUGGUAUAUUAAUUGAACAAGAAAAAUUACAUCUAUCAAUGAAUAUUCAACCUGAACAGUUUAGUUUAGAUAAAUUUCGUUAUAUGUGUAUAUUAUCAGGCUGUGAUUAUUUACCUUCUAUUCCUGGAAUAGGAUUGAUUAAAGCACGACAAUUCAUUACUAGAACAAGUGAACCUGAUAUCUACAAAGCACUUUCAAGAUUAGGAUCUUUUAUGAAUAUUAAAAUUCCACCUGAAUACCGUGAUCAAUUUAUGGAUGCUGAUCGCAUGUUCCAAUACCAACCUGUAUUCGAUCCAUUAUCUCGUCGAGUAAUACCAUUAAACGAUUUAUCAGACCUUAAUAUACCUGUACUUGUUUCAAAACUAACUAAGGAUCAGGCUUAUCAGCUUGCACUAGGAAAUAUAGAUCCUUUUUCUUUAGAAAUUAUGGAUGAUUGGGAUCCAGAUAUUCAAUUAACUUCUAAUAAAAUUGUGAAAAAGAAAAUUAUUCAAGCUCGCCAUAAAAGUAUUUGGUCAAAAGAUUAUCAACCAUUUAAAUAUAAUUCUGAACAAUGUACUCGUGAAAUUAUUAAGAGUACUUCAACUUUAAGUCCCAAGGUCUCCAAAAAUGUCAAUCAUUCUUCAUCAACUCAUCAAUCAUCAGUAGUAAAAAAACGUCUUCCUGUGACUGAAGAUGAUAUUCUAAAUACUCUUGAUGAAAUUUAUGAAAAUGAAAAAGUCUUGGAAAAAUGUGACAUUAUUACUAAAGAAAAACAUAAGUCUAUAAAAUCAACAUAUUCCAAAGAUUGUAAAAUUACAGAUAAACUGUUUAAUUCAAAAUUAGAUAUAGAUGAAAAUGAAUCGCCUUCAUUUUUAAAACAGUUAUCUAAAAGAAAAUAUACAGUUAUAGAUCCAGAUGUACAAAUAGUUAGUGGGUACUUUUCUCCUCCAACAUCCAAUAUUAGUGAAGUUGUUGAAGAAGAAUCAAUAAAUCCGUUUAAAUGCCGCAAGAUUACCAUUUAUAAAAAUAAAAAUACUAAUGACAAUUUGAAUAUCUCUUUAAAUUCUAGUAAUAUUAAUGAAAACAAUUUACUGCAGUCUCUUAAAAACAAGGAAGUUGAGACAAAAACAUUUGACAAAAAACUGCCUAGUCAAAUGCUAUCAGCCUUUAGUUGGAAAAGUUACUCAAAUAGUAGAGUGGUUACAAAUAAAGAAGAAUACAGUGAGGAACAAAAAUACCAAAACAACUCAAAUGAUUAUACUUCAGUAGAAGAUGAUACUAAAAAACAGGUCAAUCAUGAAAAUGAUAUAGAUGAAGGAUUUGGUAGUCAGAGUACAAAAGAAACAGACAAUUUUUCUGUGGUAACACCGAAACAGGUUAAGCGUUCAUGUCCAAGGACCGGAUUAUCUAAAAGUACUGGGAAAAACAAUCAGACUCUGUUGUCCAAGUUUGGUUUCAAAAGUGGUGAAAAAUUAAAACGUUGAGGACUUUUUCUCAAAUAAUUUCUAUUCACCCUAAGACUGAUGACAAAUAAGCUUGUGUUAUAACAUAAGCUUGCACUAUUCUGUAUAUAUAUAUAUGUUAUUUUCAUUGUUAGGUUUAGAUUAUUUCACAAUUAAUGUUUUUAUAAAGGUUAUCACAAAUAAAACAUUACUCAAAUUAUUGUAUUUUGUUUAUUUGACAAUUUUCUAAACCAUAUCUGUUUAAAGCAAUUGAAUAUUGAAAGCCCUAGCUGAAGCAUAGUCUAUUUUUUCAUGGCAAAAUUGAAGUUUCAAUUUAUAUUUUAUUAUAAAAUAUGACACGUGUCUAAUAAUUAUUUUUAUACAAUGGGUAUAAUUGUAGAACUUGUCCUUCAUUUAAACAAUAAAUUAAUGGUAAAAAAAUUAUAUUUCAAA